AAGAAGCGCAAGCGUGUUCUGCCCGAGGAUGAAAUCGAAGUCGAUGUAACCGCACCCGAGCCGCCGUCCAAGAAGGCCAUGCGUGAGGCCAAGAAGGCCGCAAAGAGAGCAAAGGAUGACCCUGAAGGCGCUGCUGCUGCUGUUGCCGCUGCAGCCGCUGCAGCAGAUGGAGAGAAGAAGCGCAGCGACUACGGUAUCUGGAUUGGCAACCUGGCCUUCGCCGUCGACAAGGACAUGCUACGCGUCUUCUUCACCCGUCAAGCUCAGAUUCCAGAUGCUGAGAUUACUCGUUUGAACAUGCCUGUUCCUCAGGGACCCCCACAACCUGGUCGCACCAAGCCCUCCAACAAGGGUUUCGCCUACGUCGAUUUCGCAACCGAAGAGUCCCUGAACAAAGCCAUCGCCAUGUCCGAGACCCUCGUCAGUGGCCGCAAAGUCCUCAUCAAGAACGCAAAGAGUUUCGAGGGCCGUCCCGCUCAAGCCACCGCUACAGUAAACGCCCUUGCCGGAAACGCAGAUUCGAGCGAAGCAGCAGCCGCAGGAACAGCCACCAAAAUCGGUCCUAAUGGCAAGCCCGUCAUGCCUCCCAGCAAGCGUGUCUUCGUCGGAAACCUCAAUUUCGACGUCACAAGAGAUGACUUGGAAACCCACUUCGCCCAAGCCGGCGAGCUCGAAGAUGUCUUCAUGGCCACUUUCCAAGACACGGGUAAAUGCAAGGGUUACGCCUGGGUCCGUUUCGCCGAACUCGAAGCCGCCGAAUCAGCCGUCCGAGGCUUCAUCUGGAAAUUCGACGAAGCCAGCGAUGACGAGGAAGAAGAAGCGGAAGAGGAGGAGGAGGAAAAGACAGAAGAAAAGGCCGAAGCCUCAGGAUCGGACUCCGACUCAGACAACGAAGACGAAGCCACAGAAAAGAAAGAGACCAAGAAGACGAAAAAGCCAAAGAAGCAAAACAAACGCAAAUGGUUCAUCAACCGCCUCCACGGCCGCCCUCUCCGCUGCGAAUUCGCCGAAGACGCCAGCACACGUUACAAGAAGCGUUUCGGCAAGGAACGUCCCACCACAAACGAGUCCUCAGAGGGCGGCGCACCCAUCACCGAAGUGGAAGGAGGAGCAGAAGAGAGACCGCAAAGAAGAUCCAGACCCAAGGGCGACAAGGACGAGAGACAAGAGAUGCGCAGAAAGAAGUUUGACGCCAGAAAGAUCAGACCCGGUAAUGCGUUGGCGAAUGCGCCCAGAGCUUCCGCCGCCAUCGUCGAGGCUGCUGGUAAGAAGAUUUCGUUUGAU